UACCGGAAGUUAAUUGCUAGCAAGACUGUGUUUUCGUUUGACGAAACGUGGCAUCAAAGUAUGUACUGUUGGCACUUCUCUCAAAUGUAUUUUCCAGCUCGAAUGGAAUAAUUGUUUCGUUUUGGGUGACACGAGUAUCGUUGUACAAAAAGCAUGAAGUGGCAUAUCAUAUUUGCAGCAUUUGCUGCUUUUCUUCUUGUGACAUAUGCAGAAGAAGAAGAAGAAGCUGCAAGAUUAUUAGUAUCUAAACAAUUACUUAAUAAAUAUCUUGUAGAAAAUAUGGACAUCGUAAUCAAAUAUACAGUUUAUAAUGUUGGUAAUGCGGCUGCAUUAGAAGUUGAAAUCACAGAUAAUUCUUUCCAUCCUGAUCAUUUUACUCAUGUUAGUGGAGAAUUAAAUGCAAGAAUAGAUCGUGUUCCUCCUUACACAAAUGUCAGUCAUAUAGUUGUUGUAAGACCACGUAAAUUUGGAUAUUUUAAUUUUACAUCUGCAGAAGUUUUAUAUAGACAUAAAGAAGAUGCUGGUAGUUUACAAUUUGCUGCAAGUAGUGAACCUGGUGAAGCAAUAAUUGUAUCAUUUAGAGAUUACGAUAAACAAUUUUCUUCGCAUGUGAUUGACUGGGCUGCAUUUGCUGUUAUGACAUUACCUUCAUUAGCUAUUCCAUUUGCAUUAUGGUAUUCUAGUAAAAGUAAAUAUGAAAAAUUACUCAAAACUACAAAAAAACAUUAAUCAUAUAUUUAUUCUAAAUUGUACAAGAGAUUUUUUCUAUAUGUGUAUAAAAAAUUUGACUGUCCCCCUUUCUGUACAUCUAAUUUUAUAAUAAAUAUUAUUUAUAAA